GGAAACUGAAAACUAACAGACGGGAAGGAAAAAGCUGUUAAAAGAAAGAAAGCAAGUUAAAAGAAGCGUUAAUUACAAAUGUGCGUGAUUUGAAAUAAUUUGUGAGUUGAAGAAAGAGAGGACCAUUUCAACGUCCCAGCUUCCUACCAGGUUGCUGAUUAAUCAAUUUUGAAAUGAUGGUGCAACAGUACCUUUAAAGGCAAAUAAGUGCUCUGAGAUAUUAAAGGUCAUGGGGACUUGACCUCAACAACAAAGUUUUUCAUAAUUAAGAGACUUGUAGAGUGUCAUGAUGUCGUCGUCUGCUGACACCGGCAAAGACGUCAAGGUCUGGCUACAAAGCAUCCACCUACAGCAGUACGCCAGUAGUUUCAUGCAGGCUGGUUAUCACACGCUGGAAGACUGUGGAGAUCUGAAUAAUGAGGUUCUUCUGCACAUUGGUGUGACCCCUACAGGACACCGGAAGAGAAUUCUUAAUCAUCUACAGUCCCUGCGCCUGCUGGAUCGCAAUGACAGAGUGGCAGUGGGUGAAAGUGAGACAAAAACAACUGGGACUGAUGGUUGCGAUUCUUCUUUAAAGACUGGAGUAUCAAGUGAGAAAAUAGGAGGACAACCAACUCCCAAGCCUAGAACUGUUUAUUCAAAAGGUAGAAAUGCUGUAAAAGGGACGGAGGUCUUGUCUAAGGCCCAGGAUGAUGGACAAUCACAUAAUAUUGAAGCUAAGAGUGCAGACGUGGUCUGUGGGUCACAAACGGAUCAAGGCAAGCCCCAAACGCGGCACAUACAAAGUGAACCUUCUUUUUCUUCACUUUCUAGCUUGUAUCAGAUAUCUGGAAAUGAACAUUCAUUUGAGGAACCCAUGCACACUCCUUUUAAAGGGAAAAUGGUCAUCAAUGAGUUAUACUCUGAAAGAACAGACUUGGUAGGACAGGCUCCCAUGAAGCCAGUUUCGAGGUCCUUUAAACUUCGUCACAGGCCAGUGCCACAAAUUCCAGUUGACGCUGUUGCUCCUUUGGAAGACAAGAAUCUGCUGAAAAGAAGAAAUGCUGAACUGUCUUCUAUCUGCAACGUACAAAAGAGUUCGAAUGCAGUGCUGCAGAAAGAUUCUCUUGAGCUCACCCCAUCUCCUAUAUGUCCAUAUGGAGAAACAUUUUUAUAUAACAGUCCUGGACAGUAUCAAGAGAAAAGCCCACAAGAAAUGGAAGAGCAAUUGUACAGUUGGAAGUCAUGUUCUAGGGAAUCGGACAUCACAGACGGUCCAGAUAAGGCACAGACCCAACAGAAAGACACUUCAUUGUCAAAAGAGGACUGUUCUAAUUUGGAAUAUUCCACAAUGAAAUUGUGUGCAAGGACCAUCACAACAAGAAGCCCUGAAAGAACAAAAUGCGAUUCAUUCACAUUAGAAACUGUCCAUCAAACUCGUUCUCACCACUCAGCCUAUAGGCAAGAGUAUUCCCUGCCAUGUGAUGCGGUGGUCGCACGAGCACAUAACAACCCUUCAGCUUGGGUUGAUUCAGAAAUCUCUCCCUAUGCUUGCUACUACGGGUCUUCAAAGAGAAGGAUUCUAAAGGGAUGGCUCGAUAAGCUUUCUCCUCAAGGAAAAUGUGUGUUUCAGAAGCGAUGGGUUAAGUUUGAUGGGGAAAAUCUGUCAUACUUCAACAAUGACAAGGAAAUGUAUUCCAAAGGACUAAUUUCACUUUCUGCAAUAAACACAGUUCGACCUUUGGGAGAAAGCAAGUUUGAAGUUGUAACAUCCCACAGGACUUUUGUUUUCCGGGUUGAAAAAGAAGGUGGCAGACAAGACUGGAUAAAUACACUUUUGAUUGCUAUGAGAACUCGGGCCAGAAUUUCUCAAGGGAGUUUCAAACAUACCUUUGACAGGUGUGGAUAUCUGGAACUAAGAGGACACAAAGGAAAAAUCUUUAUGGUCCUGGUUGGAACUAAAGUUAGACUUUGCAAAAAUGAACAGGAUUUUAAAUCUGGACUUGCCAUCACUGUCAUUGGACUGGAUGUUGCUACAGUGAACGAUCUUGAACGCAAAUGUUUUGAGAUAAAUACACCUUUCAGAAACUUUUGCUUUGCAGCGGAAUCGGAAAGAGAGAAACAGGAGUGGAUUGAAGCAGUCCAGGAAUCAAUAGCAGAGACAAUCUCCGAUUAUGAAGUAGCUGAGAAGAUCUGGUUCAAUGAAUCCAAUAGGAGCUGUGCAGAUUGCUGUGCACCCAAGCCUGAGUGGGCAUCCAUCAAUCUGUGUGUUGUCAUUUGUAAGAAGUGUGCAGCUCAGCACAGGUCACUGGGAUCCAAUAUUUCAAAGGUUCGAAGUCUUAAAUUGGACACCAGUAUUUGGAACAAUGAGUUGGUGGAGCUUUUUCUAGUUGUUGGCAAUAGGGGUUCAAAUAGCUUCUGGGCAGCAAACCUUCCGCAAGAGGAACAACUGGAUUUGGAUGGAUCCCCAGAACAACGAAAUGUCUUCAUAAUCAAAAAAUACAAAGACAGAAAGUUCAGGAAAAUCUUACCUGACUUCGUUAAUCAAGAGCAGUUAAACCAGGCCUUAUGUGAGUCUGUACUCCAACAAGACGCCCUGGAGACCAUGUCCUUAGUAUUUAGUGGCGCUGAUGUCAUGUGUGCUACAGGAGACCCGAUCCACUGUACUCCUUACCUACUGGCGCAAACAGUAGGUCACCGAUUGCAGAUGGAGUUCCUCUACCAUAAUAAACUAUCAGAUUUCCCCAAACUUGACCCUGUGUAUGAAAGGAGAUUUAAUCAUGAUGCAUCUUCCUUCAUGCAUGGUUUUCUUUACGAAGCUGUAAAUAUUGCUAAGUCCGUUACUGAGAAAAAACUGAAAGACGACAUGAGUAGGCGAUGGUGCACCCUUGAAGGUGGGUUUCUGAGUUAUUAUGAAAAUGAUAAGACCGCAACACCCAAUGGAAGAAUUGAUAUCAGUGAAGUUGUCUGCCUAGCUGUGGACAAGACUGAAUACAUAAUGGGAGUUGGGGCUGUCUUUACCUUUGAGAUAUAUCUACUGUCUGAGCGUGCCUUCCUGUUCGGAGCCCAGACCACAGGAUCUCAGAGCGACUGGGCACAGGCAAUAGCCAAGCAUUUCAUUCCCUCAGCGGUUGAAAACCUGUCAGAGAAAGAUUAUGAAUUGAUUGGACGACUCUACUACAAGGAAGGCAGUAAUAUAUAUCAGUGGGGAGUCGGAUGGUUUGCUUUAGACAAAGCCUGCUUGUAUUUCUGUGAUGAGCUACACAGCGCAGGGGUGGAAUCAUUGCAGUUAAAAAGACUUCAAGAACUCACUGUUAGCACACAACUUGAAGGUGGUGAAAGGACUGACGUUUUGUUAUUGGUUGAAAGUGGAAGAACAUUGUACAUCCAUGGCAAUACAAAGCUGGAUUUCAUGGUCUGGUAUUCUGCAAUCCAGAAGGCAGCAGGUACAGAUAGCAAUGCAUUGCCAGAUCAGCAACUCAGCAAAAAUGACACUCCUAUCAUCGUGGACAGCUGCAUAGCAUUCGUUACUCAGUACGGUCUGUGCUACGAAGGUAUUUAUCAGAAGAAUGGGAACCCAGCACUGGUUGCGCAGCUUCUGGAAAAAUUUAGGAAGGAUGCAAGGAAUGUUAAACUAAGAGCUGGUCAACAUCAACUGGAGGAUGUGACUGAUGUUCUGAAGUGUUUCCUUUUCGAGAUGGACGAUGCUCUGCUCACUAAAGAGCUUUAUCCAUACUGGAUAUCUGUAUUAGAUGUAGAAAACAAGAAAGGCAGAAUUGAAAAGUACACAACCUUUAUCAGAACCUUGCCUCGAGUCAACAGGGCAACUCUAUCAGCUUUGAUAGGUCACCUGUACAGGGUGCAGAAAUGUUCAAAUAUGAAUCAAAUGUGUACACACAAAUUAGCUCUGGUAUUUUCAUCCUGUUUAUUCCAAACUGAAGGACAGACUAGCCAAGAAGUCACUGUCAUUGAAGACCUUAUAAACAAUUAUGCAGAAUUGUUUGAUGUUAAUGAAUAUCAAGUUAAGCAGAUGGAAAUAGAGAACAGUUUUAUAACCAAAUUGAAAGAUACUUUGUAUUCACAGGCAGGAGACAUCAUCAUUGAGGUUUACCUUGAGAGAAAGGAUACUGAGCACUGUCUUAAUAUCAAAGUUUCUCCAACCAUGAAAGCAGAAGAGUUGGCUGACUGUGUGCUGGAGAUGAAGAAAAUCGUUCCUGACCAGAAUGAUGUGUGGACCACAUUUGAAGCUAUUGAGAAUGGGGAGCUCGAACGUCCAUUACACUACAAAACGAAGGUCCUGGAGCAAGUCCUUGAGUGGAGCUCUCUCGAAGAACCUGGCUCUGCAUUUUUAAUUAUCAAAAACUUUAAGGUGGCCAAUGUAGAUCCACCGCUCCAAGGAAACACCAAGAGGAUUGUUAAAGGUGGAUACAUGAAAUUCAAGGAAGGACCAUCUAAGCUAUUGUCUGGAAAUAAAUUCCAGGAUCGUUAUUUUAUUUUACGAGAUGAAAAGCUGUUGCAGUACAGAGAUAUAAAAAGCACCAGACCUGAAAAGGAGAUCUCUGUGAAGUCCUUCAAAUUUUACCUGGGCCUUAAGAAAAGACUGAAGCCUCCAACAUGCUGGGGAUUUACUAUAUACACAGACAAGCAGCAGUGGUAUUUGUGUUGUGAUGGACAAGACACGCAGAUGGAGUGGAUGCUGGGAAUCUUCAGAGUACAGAAUGGAGAUGAUCUCUGGUCUCUGGGUAGAACGCAUCAUCUGCCAUUUGAACAUAGAAGCCCAAAAGUUGACUGCGUCUCUUUCAUUCCAGCUGUCCAGCAACAAAAUAUUAGAGAAAUGAACGCCAAACAGAUUGACAGGAAAUCAGACGACCGUAGUGCUCAUGCUGAAGGCAGCUGUGAAGAGAAUGCUAAUGCCAGUUUAAAACAAAAAGCCUCUUUGGUGGCCGACUGCUUGAAACAGAAAGAAGCAUCAACAAGCAAUGUGAAAAAUGUAAAACAGAACAAGCGAACAAGAGGACACCAAGCACACUGUGAUCCUUCUUGUAGCAAUGCAAAGCACGGAAUAGUGAGAGAUAAAAGUCCCCAUAACCUGCCACCAAACACCAUGUAUCGAUGCGAGGCACAGCUACCCCCAAAUCUUUUACAGGAACUUAACACAGUGUUGAGUAAAAAUAGCCGAUGUGUCAAAAAGAAGUAAGUCGGAUGCAACAAACAAAAUACGAAAACUAAAAAAUAAAAAAAAAUCACACUAAAAGAAAUGUACCUUUCAAACAAAGGUACAAAGGUUUUGGCCAAUAAUUUUUUGUUGCUGACAUUUUUAAAGCUACACUGAUGAUUCCAGUAAAACAAGUUUCCAUUAAAGAGUAAAGGUCACUCGAGGCUUUACUUGUAAAGCUUCUAUUUUUGAUUUGAGAAAGGGUGCAUGGCUAUAGUAUACAGUUUGUGCUAUAUUAAAGUUAUAUCAUUAUGCAAGCUAAUUAAUGAGCCCUAGCACUCCAAACGUCCACCAAUAAAAUAAAUAACCAACCACAAAUUAAAAUCAGGACACAACUAACGGAUGGAUUUAAAUCUGUGGGUGACUGAAAUGAUCCAGGAAAUCCAAUCAGAUCUCAGCCUUCAGGGUCAGCUGGCUCUGUCAUGGCUGUGAAACUCAUACUGCCAUAGGAGCCAUUGCAACCAGAUUAGCAUCUGGAUUCUGGCCUGCAGUAAAAAUCUUUCCCCUUUUAAAUAGUUCUUGUUUGCUUAUUUUUAAAUGUGUUUUGGAUCACUGUCAUGCUUGACUAGAAAUAUUGCACCUUUCUUCUGUCAAUCUUGAUUAGAUCUUCAACUCCAGUUUCUGAAAAACAACCGUGGACCAUAAAAAAACAUAAUACGCUCAAAGUUUAGUGUCGGCCAAAUGCAUACUCUGCACUAAACUUAUACUACAAUGUUAGGUUUGUCUGUAAUAAUACUGAACCCCACCCCCAGUGCAUGCUAACAUUGAGACUACAUUGAACAUACUGUCAGAUGUUUUUGUAAGGAAUAACAGCCAUUGUUAACCUCAAAUAGUGAUUUCUCCCUAACACACUGCUAAUUUAAAUUAAAUUGAAAACUAAUAGGGGAGGGGAAAACUGCAAAUUACAGGUUUUAUACACCUUUCUCAUCUGCAUAUUUCAUUUUGACUCUCUUAAUGUUGAAGAGUUGGAAUGACCUUAGCCUAAAGUUGGUUAUUGAUUAAGUUGAUGCAUUUUGUGUUCUAUUUAAAUGAAAUUAAAUUGCUGACACCAGGCCGAUAAGUUCUUGAGGGUACAAACGCCUAGAGUCUGGUGUGGCCUUAUUGACAAACAUAAAUUGAUUUCAAUGAUUUGUUAUAGAGAUGCUUAGUGAAAUAUAUUUUUACAUUGAAUGAACACAUAAAGGACAUAUCAUGAAAAACCAUGACAUACAAUAUUUAAUAUGGUUGGACGCGGCGAUAACAAACAAGCCUUUGAGUGAGCUUGUUACACUUCCACCUUACAUCGCCCAUGACAUUCAAUACAACGUUUUUCAUGUCACAUGUUGUUUAUGCCACAAAUGGUUAGGUUUUCUGUAAAUAAGAUAUAAGGUAGUGUAGGGUACUGCUGUUUACAAGGCAGUACAGAGUAGGGGCACCUGAGCUGGCUGUAAAGAAGAGCAUGUUUCAUUCCAUUCCUCUCAGUGGUUUGUAGUCUUUUAUCUCCAAUAAAAUAUCCUCCUCUACAUGAAGUCAAAAUUUGGAUCAAAGUUUACUUCCAUCCUAAAAUAUUUGUUGUUUUGUAAAUAGUUUGUUUAACAAGAUACACAGUCUGCUUUGCAAAAGCAGGUAUUUGUGUUGUAGUAUGUCACAAUGAAACCGGUAGGUACCUCAUAUACAUAUUCUCAUACAGAUAACUUUAUCUAUACAGUUUGGUGGCAUGUAUUCAUUAAUGGUUUGUUGAUUAGCUGUACAUACCCCAUUUUGUACAGAAACAGUAUAAAAUAACAUUUUAAACAAUUCUGCACACAUGAACUGUAUUGGCAUCUUACAAUAUUUCCACACUACUUUUACAAUUUCUGUGUGUCGUUAAUAGAUUGUUCUAAUGUCAGAAUACUGAAUGUGUGCCUCCCUAACACAAACUUGACAGGAUAAAAUAAUGCAUUAAAGGCUAGCUAUUGAUUAGUCUUGUGGAAAAAGUGCAAAGUCAAAUUCUCAAAACAGUCUAAAUAAUGCAUAAAUAGCUUGGUCCUAAAAAUCCACAUGCAAGUUAGGCAGCUGUUCCAUUAAAUAUUUAUGUUAACAUUUUCUUUUAUAAUGCCUCACUUAGCAAACUGUCCUUUUAAAAUAUAAUGAUGUGUUUCUUUUGUACAACUACUUUAAAAAACAAUAUGUACAUACACAAAUUAGUAUGGCAAAUUAUGUAAAUAUAUCGUAUAAUUUUUUUCACAGAGUGGUUAUGUUUGUAUUUUCUGAUGUGUGCUUCUUUUACUUACACAAUCACUCAACCCCCUGUAAUGUGCAUCUCUCAACCACCUAGUAAUUAGGCAUGUGUUUUAGUGAUCAAAGGAAAGAACACAAACAAGACCUACCAUAGUAGUCCUAGUGCAUUUUGUAAUGAAUUGACAUCUCAGACCAUUCAAUGGAGGAGCAAGGCAGAACGUCGCCUAGAGGCAAGUUUCUUCUUCUGAUGUCAGUAUUUUUAACCACUAAACCGCUGGGGAGACACAACACAUUUGCUAUGAAAUGAUCUUUAACACUCCUAAAAUCUAAAAUGUAACUAGACUAUUUUUGGUAAACUGUAUUGUAAAUGUAUAGCCAUUGUCAUAAUAAUUCAGUUUUGUGGAACAUGAUUCAUAUCUAUUUUAAUGUCCACGUACUAAAGAAAAAAAAUGACUGGAUCUUUUUUACAAGCUUCCAUGCACUAAAUGCCUUUUACACAAAUUAUAUAUAUAUA